GCCUUUGGGUUGUCACAUGACAGCUGUGGCCGAGAAGCAGGAAGUGAGAGGGCGGUGCUUUGAAGGGCUGCAGCGGAUGAAAAUAAGUACGAUCCACCAUGACAGCCAUAAAGCACGCUCUCCAGAGGGACAUCUUCACACCCAACGACGAGCGUCUUCUCGGCAUAGUUAAUGUCUGCAAGGCGGGAAAGAAAAAGAAAAACUGCUUCUUGUGUGCUACAGUUACCACAGAGAGGCCAGUCCAGGUUAAAGUGGUUAAGGUGAAGAAAUCUGACAAGGGGGACUUUUAUAAGAGACAGCAGACCUGGGAGCUCCGAGACCUGACAGUAGUAGAUGCCAAAGAUGCAAGCAAGGAAAACCCAGAGUUUGAUCUUCAUUUUGAGAAGGUUUACCGAUGGUUGGCUAGCAGCACAGCUGAAAAAAACUCCUUCAUUUCCUGUAUCUGGAAGCUGAACCAGCGUUAUCUAAGGAAGAAGUUGGAGUUUGUCAACGUCAACUCUCAGCUCCUUGAAGAGCUUCCUAAAGCUGAAGAGUCGGUGCCGAGCGGUGAGAGCCAGAGUGUUGCCGGAGGCGACGAGGAUGCCCUGGAUGACUACCAAGAGCUCAGCACUCGUGAGGAGCAGGACAUUGAGAGCAUGAUGGAGACGUGCGAGUACGCGAUCUCUAACGCCGAAGCUUUUGCAGAGAAGCUCUUCAAGGAGCUGCAAGUUUUAGACGGGGCCAACAUCCAGUCCAUCAUGGCAUCAGAGAAGCAGGUCAAUAUCCUGAUGCAGCUGCUGGAUGAAGCUCUGACAGAGGUGGACACCAUUGAGGGAAAGCUGAGCAGCUACGAGGAGAUGCUCCAGAGCGUCAAGGAUCAGAUGGAUCAGAUCUCCCAGAGCAACCGUCUCAUCCAGAUCAGCAACACCAACAAUAACAAACUGCUGGAUGAGAUCCAGUUCUUAGUGAACUACAUGGAUUUGUCAAAGGGGCACAUCAGGGCUCUGCAGGAAGGAGACCUCACCUCCCCUAAAGGGAUAGAGGCCUGCAUCAAUGCUUCUGAAGCUCUGCUGCAGUGCAUGAGCGUGGCUCUGCGGCCAGGUCAUGAAAAGCUGAUGGCUGUGAGGCAGCAGCAGCUUCUGUUUGCUGAGCUGAGAGACACGUUUGCUCGCCGCCUCACCAAUCACCUUAACAAUGUGUUUGUUCACCAGGGUCAUGAUCAGAGCUCCACCUUACCUCAGCAUGCAGCUGAACUCACCCUGCCCAAACACAGCCCCCUCCACAGGGACCUGCUGCGCUACGCCAAGCUCAUGGAGUGGCUGAAGAACACCCACAGGGAGAAGUACGAAGGCCUGUCCAGGACCUACGUCGACUACAUGAGCAGACUGUAUGAGCGAGAAAUCAAAGACUUCUUUGAGGUUGCUAAGAUAAAGAUGGCGGGUACCUCCAAAGAAGCAAAGGGAAAGUUUGCCACGCUUCCGCGGAAAGAGAGUGCACUCAAACAGGAAACGGAAAGUUUACACGGCAGCUCUGGAAAGCUUACGGGCUCCACUUCGAGCCUGAACAAGCUGACGGUGCAGGGCUCCAACAGCCGCCGAUCCCAGUCCUCCUCCCUGCUGGACAUGGGCAACAUGUCUGCCUCAGACCUGGACGUAGCAGACAGGACCAAGUUUGAUAAGAUAUUUGAACAGGUGCUCAGUGAGCUGGAGCCUCUGUGUCUUGCAGAACAAGACUUCAUCAGCAAGUUCUUUAAGCUGCAGCAGCACCAGACCGUCAUGCCCCCACUUGCACAGCCUGAAACAGAAGAGUUAGAUGGAAGCAUGCCAUCAAGAACACCCCCCCAGGCAGACCAAAGAUAUGCUUUGUCCUCAGAGAAAGACACCGUGCGACUGAUGAUGAAUAAGAUCUUCCAGAGCAUCGAGCCGGAACUCAACAGUCUCAUCGCUCUGGGGGACAAGAUAGACAGCUUUCAUUCUCUGUACAUGCUGGUGAAGAUGAGCCACCAUGUGUGGACAGCUGAGAACGUUGACCCAGCCUCUUUCCUCAGCACCACUCUGGGAAACGUUCUGGUCACCGUCAAAAGGAACUUUGACAAGUGCAUCUCGGGUCAGAUCAGGCAAAUGGAGGAGGUGAAGAUAUCUAAGAAAAGCAAAGUGGGUAUCCUGCCAUUUGUCACUGGGUUUGAGGAGUUUGCCGAACUUGCGGAGACGAUCUUCCGUAACGCAGAGCGCAGAGGUGACCUAGACAAAGCUUACGUAAAGCUCAUCAGGGCUGUGUUCACGAAUGUGGAGAAGGUAGCCAAUGAAAGCCAGAAGACACCGCGGGACGUCGUUAUGAUGGAGAACUUCCACCACAUCUUUUCCACGUUGUCUCGUCUGAAGAUUUCCUGCCUGGACGCGGAGAGGCGAGAAGCCAAACACAAAUACACGGACCACCUGCAGUCGUAUGUAAUCAACUCUCUGGGCCAGCCACUGGAGAAGCUUAAUCAUUUCUUUGAAGGUGUUGAGGCCCGCGUAGCCCAGGGGGUCCGUGAGGAGGAGGUCAGCUACCAGCUGGCCUUCAACAAGCAAGAGCUACGCAAAGUCAUCAAAGAAUACCCUGGCAAAGAAGUGAAAAAGGGGCUCGACAACCUUUACAGGAAGGUGGACAAACAUCUGUGUGAGGAAGAAAGUUUACUACAGGUGGUGUGGCACUCCACGCAGGAUGAGUUCAUCAGGCAGUACAAGCACUUUGAGGGUUUGAUAGGCAGGUGUUAUCCUGGAUCUGGAAUCACCAUGGAGUUCACCAUCCAGGACAUGUUGGAGUACUUCUCCAGCAUCGCUCAGUCUCACUAGUUUAGUUGCCGCUCACUGUUUCUGUCACAAGUCACACCUGCUUCCCGACUGAAGGUUUAUUAAAUGUAAUAUAACACCUUUUGGAUUGUGAACAUUUCAUAUGUGCCUGUGUUGUUUUUAAAGGGAAUUUCAACACUACAUGUGUGCUUCUUUUGAGCUCCUCCCUACAUCUUUUGUCGUUUUUCUCUUUAUGUCAAUUGUACAUAAUAAAUUUGCAGUUGAAGCAUCAACUAACAGAU